GGGGAGGAGGUUUUGUUUACUAACAGUGCUCUUCCCUGUCAGCUCGGGCACUCUGCUUUGUAUGGCUGUGCACAGCAUAGCCAUCUAAAGUAGUGUACUUACAGUAAAGCACAUCACACAGCACACUGUGAAACAGCACACAGUUAACCCUUUGACCGCCUCACAUGUUAACCCCUUCCUGCCCAGUGUCAUUAGUACAGUGUCAGUGCUUUUUAUUAGCACUGAUCGCUGUAUUGGUGUCACUGGGGAUGUCAGUGACACCAAGUCCGUUCCCCCCAGUGUCAGAAUGUCCACCGCAGUCCCACUGUAAGUCGCUAGUCGCCGCCAUUACUAGCAAAAAAAAA